CUACAUGGCCAUAAUAUGGGUGAACUGCAACAAGCCAAAAACGUAGAAGGAAGGGGAUCUUUUAUUUAGCCUCGAUCCCAGGCCGCACUGAAGCAGAGGCUUAAUUAAGCUUGUAAAGGACAAGGCUAGUGUGUAUCACACAUAUCUAUAAAAGACUGACUGACUACAAGGGAACAUGGCUCAGGGAUCCGGAAGCAGUAGCAAUCGUUGGAAACUUGAAGAUCUCCAAGACUUAGAGCAGUAUGGUCUAGCUGCUGAGUUAGAGUCCACAAACCUUGGAGGAACUCCGACACAAGAAGACGAGGCGAUAUUUAUCAAUGAUGCUGCAUUUUCGUCGUAUGAUAUGAGUGGUGUACUAUCGGAGCUGCUCACAGAAGGUGGUGGCAUGUUCUCAGAUACUCUCCUCACCAUUCCUCUAAUGGCGACUGAGACCUCACCCCCACAGAUUAUCAGAGCUGUAUUGAAGGCACCUACUGCUCACGGGGUCAAGAACACACAAGAGGAGGUCACCUUUAUUCAGAAAGGUCAUUCGUAUGAGUUACACGUUAGCCAUAACGGUGGAGAUCAGAUGACGGAGAUAAUGUUUCGAAGUGUCCUAUUGCUGACGUUCUCAGAGCUGAGACUAAAGAACUGUGAGGAAGAGCAGUUUGUGCAGUGGAUCAACGACCACCCAGUGGAGAGACUCUUGGAAAUGGACAAUGUCGGGUGUGGAGGAGUGGGAUUUAUAGAGAACUCUGAGACUAAUCUACAAACUAUUAGCUUCACCUGGAGCUCUCUGACACCAGCCAUUGUGGCCUUCAAGGUCAACUGUUUGAGUAGCGAGUUUGCACCAAGAAAACAUGGUGGGGAAAGGGGAAUUCCCCUACGACUACAGUUAGACACCUCCUCUGCCGAGGGAUCGACUGGCAACAUGACCUCUGGUGACAAAGGAAGAGAGAGACUUGUGGAGAGAUUAGUAUGUAACAUCAAGGUGUUCAAAGACAAGGGAGCUGAGCGAAAGCAAAGGCAAGAACAGCUCAAGAUGGAGAAACUGUCUCCUCUGGAACAAUCCAAUUAUCAUAUUUCCCAGAUUGUCACUACACUUCACCCGAUUCAGGUCCCAGUUGAUGCUACAACUAUGAUGCACAAACAGACGAUAGUUGCACCCGCUCCUCUACCAGUACCUCCUGAACAUGCUUCUCCAUUCCAUGUAACCACGUCUCCAAGACUACCGCCUCUCCAAUCAUCAGCUCCGGAAAUGGAUGUUUCCCCAACAUUAGAUCACGCUCAUACAUGGCUCACUACAAACCGGUUUGGCCAGUUUCUGAGUCUCUUCGCUAACUAUACCUGUCAAGAUCUGCUUCGAUUGAGUCGUCGUGACCUUCUUGACCUUUGCGGGCCGGCGGAUGGUAUUCGACUGUACAAUGCUCUCCGAUCUCACACUGUUAAAGUUAUAUAUAUCACCACGGGAACGGAUAAAAUUUGUGAAGUUCUUUGUCUGGAGCAGCUAACAGCUCGGGAACUGGGGGUCAAAGUUGCGGACAAGUUGGGGAUUUCCCCUCCCUCCAUAUCCUCCCUUGUUAGAUUAACUUCCACGGGAGUGCUUGUACUGGUUGAUGACACCGUAAUUCACAACAUUCAUGAUGAGGAGGUGUUCUUAUUACGAGCAAUCAAACAAGAAGAUGGGAUGUACCAAGUGGUGCUACAGGACCACACUCCAUGCGACCAAUCACAGUUGAGCAUUAGAGGAGGAGAAUUCAGACACUAAUAAUAAUUUCAUAAAUGAACCAUUUUCUCAUUCUAAUUCAUAUUCAUA